AUGAAGACGGACGAGAAAAAUUCCACUGAGAGUUCCAAUGUCCCAACACCCAAGUCGCUUAACAACAGCGAUGACGUCAUUGAGGAAAUCAGAAGUUGGAUUCAGUUGGACGUCAAAUCGAAAUUCCUCGAAGAUGCUGUCAAAUUCAUCGAGUCGGUUGUGGUACGACAUCUUUCUUCUUUGGAAAAUACUUUAAUCGAGAGACUAUACGUUAAAGUCGUACUGGAAAUGUGGCUGAGAAAGAGUUUAGGAAAGACUGUCGAUUACCUCAAUGAUGAAACGAUCGACAUCAGUGUCGAAAUGCCCACUUUAUUGAAAGAAUUAAAUUCCAUCAAUUCAUUUGAAGAUAUUGGCCUCAAAUUGAACGAAACGACAUGCCAGUUGACAAACCUAUGCGACACAGGAUGUCAAUAUUUGAAACUAAUCCUCGAUCAGGUGGAUCUUUUCAAAAACACGCCCCGUUUCUCGGUUCUUGUCGACAGUUAUAUCAAGCAGUUUAAAGCGUCUUGCAUUGACAAAGUCUUUUCCAGGUGUCUGGAUGACGUCGCUAAAGAUCACGUGAACGGCAAGAGAAACUGGCAAUUUAUUGUCGCACUAAAUGAAGUUUUACAAGUCGCCACUGAAGACGUAGCAAUGCAAAAUGUUUUGGAGGAAAUUUUCACGGGAAAGGACAUCAAGAACUUCGAUGACGUAAGCGGGCAGGAGUUGAUCAACAAACUGGUGGAUAUAUUUUCAAGCUGCAGUGAUGCAACUAAAAACGAAUCAUCAGAAUGGGUAAAUAAGCUCAAAUCCGAAAAAGAAUGGACACGGAAAUUGCAAGUUUUGGUCAAAGAGACGUGCAAGGCCUUCCUGUUACCUAAAACGACGAUCGAAGUCAAAGACGAAAAUGGAAGAAAAGUCAUCUUCAUUGAAGGUGUCUCUGUAUUUGUCAGCAAAAUGAUUGCAGAAAUGAAACGAUUGAAGGACAACUAUCCGGAAGUGCAAGAAAUCCAGAUUGUCGGACUGUCAUCCGUUCACGUCGAUUGGCACCUGGAGAACGAAACCUGGCACGGAACGAACGUGGGAAUCGUUACUGAUAAAAUUUUCGUAGACUACGAAGUUUGCCGAAUUGCCCAGACAUAUAACGCACAAGAGAAAGAAGAAACUACCGAGUCAAAGGAGGCUAAUCAUUUUGUGGACGAUUUCUGCGUCUGCUGGGAUGUCUCGGGCAAGAACGGAGAACCAGGUCAUCCGGGUAAGAGCGGCGGCAACGUGACCAUCAUUUGUAACGAGAUGAUUGACGCCGAACGAUGGCAGAUAAUCUCUGAUGGAGGCAAAGGAGGUGACGGACAGAACGGCACUAAUGGGAAAAGCAAACCAGACAAAAAGGCCAACAAGUGGUCAAAAGAAUAUUUCAAUCAACUGUUUCCUUCCAUGUCCAUGUUCGAAACGGGAGAACAGGCAGAUGGCAAAUUUCCAGCUGAUGCAGUUAAGAUCGUUUUGACGACGCUAAACGGCUUGUUGCCCGUUGGAACUCGAGAAUCUGGAAAAGACAUCCGGCCAGGCUACCGAGGUAAUUUUUUCAUCGAAGGCACUGCGAAAGACGGUAGUACGAUCAGCGUAUCGUUCUAUCAGUCCAAGACAAAACGACACACACUCAUCUUCUGCCAAGGAAGCAACGUCGAACAAGGUGGGUCUGGAGGCACCAUCGUUUUUGAAUUCAUGACCGAAGGAAAAAACUCGAUUGCAACACAAUCUGGCGUUCCGGUCAUUGGUAAGGAAAAUCGUCAACCGAGGGCUGUGCGGAUGGGUGUCUACGAAGCGAUCGGUUCUGAUGGAGUAAUGGGAACACCUGUUGGUGAUGUUGGUUUCAUCCACAGGCUAGACACAUCUGAGCCAUCUGCAAACCAAAAUCUGACAGGUCAUUACAUUGGCUUCGAAAAUGAUGUCAGCCUUCGAAUGAAAUUCACCCGUACGAAACCUGCAAGGCAGCCAAAUAAUGCUGAUAAUUAUUACGUCAAACUAAAAAAAGGAGAAUAUGCGUCGAUUGAUUACCGUAGCCUAUCCCCAUCCGACCAAGUCAAGUCCAUACGUUCGACAGUGGAAAAUGCCACGAAAAAGAAGGCCAUCGUACGCCAAAGCCUCGCCCAGCAUGUUGUUCGAGUGGACGAGCGGAGGCAGAUGACACAAUGCCUUCAGACAAGAUUAUCCACCAACUGGGAGGAAGAACGAAUGACAAACAAUGUCGACUUCUUAGUCAGCCAAAUGGAAGACAAAGAAACUCAGCUUAAUCAGUUAACGUCGCAGUGCAGUCGGGGCCUUGAGAACGUUGCAUCAACAAGAUUUGUUAAACCGGCAUUAAAAAAGAAACUGGACGUGAAGAGCGUUUCAGACACCUCUCGUUCAUUGGUGGGUGGACGAUCAGUUGGACGUCGUCCAGUUGAUUUCCGGCAGAAACCUCCUGUCGACGUUCGAUGCCUCGACAUGCUGCCAACAAUGAGCGGUGUCGAUAGCGCUGUACACAGCAUUUUUGGCGAAAUGAAUUCAAACGGGUCGUAUGUUUGCAAUAACGUGAAAAUGUUUCGCCAACAUGUUGCCACAUUCAUUAGGCAAAAUGCAACAGACCCUGGAACUCUGGAAACAUCAAACCAAUCCGAAUUGGCAGAAUUCAUCCGAAAAAAGGAAAAUCAUGUCAAAGUCUCGGCUUUCGUCAAGCAGUUUAUACUACGUGUACAAAAGAGCGAUGCACCAUCAGAAUGUCCAAAAUUAUUUGAAGAAUACGCCAAGUUUGUUGAGACACCAUCGAACUCACUGGAAUCGGCUGAAUUAGAAAUGCUAGCAAUCAUCCAUCGCAUGUCCAUCCACGUUUACAACGAUCAAUUAUCAUCCUUCAAGUACAAGGAAACCUUGAAUCCUGACACUGAAAACAAGCACUAUAUUCUUGAUUACGGAAACGGAGAAUGGCAGCGAGUCGAACCCUAUAUAAUGGUGAACAAUUUCUGCGAGAAAAUUGAUGGGGACCUUUUUGAAUAUCAACCCAUUCAAAGCAAUUACUUCCGCAAAUUCUUGGACCCUCUUGAAAAACACGGCGCUAACCAACAGGUUAUCACUUCGAUGAAGAAGCUGAACCCUGAAAACGGUGAUACACCGGAUAAAUUGUUUCAAUUGCUUUUGGAACGUUUCUGUGUAAACGACGAAAAUCUGAAACAAAAAAAUUUGAACAUAAAAUUGAUAGAUAAACAUUCAACCGAUCUUGACUGGUUGGCUGAAUGGAUAGUCGAACACAACAAUCGAAAUCUCAGUCCCAUCUUCUACUUGAAUAUCGUCAAAAAGAACUUAACCGUCGAAUGGAAAUGCGAAUGUUUAAUGCUUGAAAUUUUCGAUCUAUUCGUUCAAGAGUCUUUUAACAUUGAUUCAAUCGGUAAAAUACGAGGUAAGUUAAAUAAAAUAGCAAAGGGAAUGCCAUCUCUAGUGCCUAUAUUGCGAAAAUUGGUUGCCGCAUCCGACAGCUGUUUCGCGUUACAGCCCCAGAAUUUGUUGCGGCUUUUAAAAACGAUAGCGAAAGACUGCGGACAAAGUGAUGGAAUUACAAGACAACAAUGGCCGGAGCUUCAACAACUGCCUCUCAGCGAUUGGUAUUACCAUUUAAGAAGCAAAGUGUGGGAAAAGAAAGUCAAUCGGCUGCCCAACAGCGAUUCGAGUACUCCAAAAGAAGAUAAGAAACUCAGGAAUGAGGCCGUUUAUAUGUUACUGGAACUCGAAUUCGAAAACGACGAAAAUUAUUGUGACAAGUUAUUAAAAAAGACUGUGGACUUAAAGAAGGCCGUUAUUGUUUUGCGAAAUGUUAUGCAUCCGGAGGCGAUUCCUAACCAAGAAUAUGACGGAGUAAACAAACUGCAUAUAAAAAACAAGACGGAACAUAUACAAACGUAUGACGAGCGACUCGUUACAAUGAGGUUUCCUACGAUGUUGAACGACGUGAAAAAGAAGGUGGAGGAAUCUAAAUCCAUGUCAGACCAAAUGAAAGAUUCUGACAAACGAAAAUACAAGCUGGCCGAGGAAAGAAUACGCAAAUUGAUCAAGCAAUGGCAGAAAAAUGGUUUGAAUCUCAAUGAUAAUAAGUCAGCUGCCGAUUUCGUCUUUGUCUACGAUUACGCCGUACAGAAAAAGUGUACGAAGGAAGGAGACAAACAAACAUUCCGACUACGCGACAACCAGAGAGUGACGAUCAUGACAAUGCUGAUAUCCGAAAAUAAAAACACGUUGUUACAAGUGUCAACUGGUGAAGGCAAAUCGCUCAUCGUCACGGGUGUCGCAAUCGCAUUUGCCCUUUGUCAAAACGAAAAAAACAAGACGAAGAAAAUCGAUGUUAUUACCAGUAAUGACGUGCUGGCUCGCCGUGAUUCUACGCUAUCGGUGGCCGAUGGUGGACUACGGGAUCUUUACGAAUAUUUUAAUGUAAGUGUAGCCAACAAUUGCAGCCGAUGGAUGGACGAACUAACUCAAGCCUACAAUGCAGCUGUUGUUUAUGGGCAAUUGGCCAAUUUCCAGCGAGAUUACUUGCUGGAUAAAUUCUACGGUCAGAACAUCCGAAGCGACCGAACCAUGGACGUUGUCGUCAUUGAUGAAGUCGACUCCUUGUUGCUCGAUCGCGGUAACGAUACGCUCCACCUAUCGCACGAUAUCUCUGGCAUGGAGAUGCUCGAAUCUCUUUACGUUUUCAUUUGGGAAAAGAUACGCAGUUCUUCCAUCGGAUUGGAUAAAUUGACGAUAAGGGAAUCCGUGAAAUCAGCCGUUCUCUACGACCUUUACGGUGCUAUAACUAAAGACGAUUUGAAAUUGAUUCACGGUCCAUUGAAGGACAAACCGUCAAAAAAGAAUACGCUCUGGAAUCACUUGAUUGAAACAAAAGUCAUCGACCCACAAGGACGUCUGUGGAUGGAAGACAAGAUUAAAGACAUCAACUUUGAACCGGAAAUGAAUCCCAAAAUUAUCUUCUAUCUCCAUAGUGUGGCGAACCGCGAGAGGAGUAUUCGAAUACCUGAACAUUUAACGUCCUUUGUCGAUCGUAAUCUUGACACGUGGCUGGACAAUGCCAUGCAAGCACUGGAACUCAAACGUGACGAGGAUUAUGUCGUCGAUCAAGACCGAACAAACACCAGCCCAGAUCUUAAUCCUCAGGUGAUAAUCAUCGACCAAGACACGGGGAUGGACCAGAACUCCUCGCAAUGGGACGGAGCACUGCAUCAAUUCAUUCAGCUGAAGGAAGGCUGCAAAUUGACGUCACAAAGUCUAAAAGCCAUUUUCGUUUCUAAUGCGGUUUACAUCAAGGCUUAUAAAAAGGUGGUAGGCGUUUCGGGCACGUUGGGAUCCAAUACAGAAGGAAUUAUCAUGUAUAAAGAAUACGAUAGUAUUCGGUGUAUCAUCCCAACAGCUUUCCAGAAACGUUUUUACCUGAAGCUAACGCAAAUCCUUGAAUCAGAAGACCAAUGGCUGCAGGCCAUCGUUAAAGAAACACAACACGUUAUUCUUCCUGACGAUGAAUCUAAAGCUCGCUCUCUUGUCAUCUUUUGUAAAUCAAUCAAAGAUGUGAAUGUUAUUCAUCGUUACCUGAAAAAAGAAUUGGGAUCGAAACUCAAUGACAACCACAUCCAUUGCUAUACACGCGAUUAUGAAAAGUUUGCUUUCGAAGGUAAAUCACUUGAAGUCGGUCACGUGAUCAUCGCCACUAACUUGGCAGGCAGAGGCACAGAUAUCAAAAUAAGCGAUCAAUUGAGAGCAAACGGAGGUCUACACAUUUGUCUGACUUUCUUGCCGAAAAAUGAGCGGGUUGAAGAGCAGGCGAUGGGACGUUCUGCUAGAAAUGGAGCACCAGGAAGCGGAAUCUUCAUCUUGUACGAAGAAUCCAAAACAGGAAAGAAAUGGGGCGUCGGAAAAUGGUUAAGCAUGAAGGAGGAGCGUCAGUGGAAAGAGAAACAACGGAUAUCCUGUUUGGAAGAAGAUUUCGAGACCACGGAAUGUGAACAAAAGUUAAUUAAAAAUCUGCGGACUUAUUACACUGAACUGAUGCAAGAACUGAAAAACCAAAAACGUGAAGGUCAGGAAACGAAAACAAUCUGGGACAGUGUACUGGACAAAUGGGUUUUAUGGCUUGACGAAACCCAUUUGAAAUCAUUUUUGUAUUCCUAUAAUUUCGAUUUCUUCCGCGCUUUUCACGGUGAUAUUGGCCUGCCAGAAAACAACACGUCAAACUUUAGUUGGAUGACUCCAGGUCGAUCUGUCGCCAUGGCAAAACAUCUGGCUCUGCAAAAAUCAUCGCUUUCGGAGGCAGGUGAAAUUCUGAAACGAGUCAUUGAUUCAAAGGACGGCGAUUUUUAUCCGGCUGCUUAUUACUACUUUGCUUUCAUUUUGUUUCAAGAGGAUUUUGAGGAUAACAAAAACAAAUUCAUUCAAAUUUUGCAAACGUGUGAAACUAUUUUGAACAAUCACAUAAACAUGCACUUGUCCUUUUAUCGCAAAGUCGCCCAUGCAGCGCCUGAGCAAACCCCGUCGUUCUGCGUCGUCGACGCCUAUAAACAGCAAAAAAACAAUAUGGUGAAGAUCCUCGAAUAUUUCAUCGGUUCCGUCCGGGCUUUACUUGGCAGUCAUUAUUGCUCAGCCUCUAAUCUCAAGGAAGCUGGGCGAGAUCCACCCAAAAUACCUGGAGUCGUCGAAAAGAAAAUGAAAAAAAAUCUAACAUCUAUACAGAAACAAAAUGCUUCCCAUUUCCCGCGUUUUCAGAAAAAAAGGAAUGAUGAACCUAAAUGCCACAAAAUUCAUCCCGAAAAAGCGGACAAACUCUUUCUAUCGCUGGUCAAAGAAGAGUGCAUCACCUGUCAGCUCAACGACAUUCAUACAGUCCCUAAUUUGAACGACAUCAUUCAGGAAGUAGCCGACGUAUACGGAAUCAAGAAUUUGUUAAAAAAUUUAAAGUCCGUCUUUGGGGAGAACUUAAGUGAGGACCAGAUCGAGAAAAAACUCAAAGAAAAAAAUUUGAUCCCGUGCACGAGAAAGGCGUUUUGGGAGACGCUGAAGAAGGCAAGUGCACUACAAGCGGUGAAAGGUGGAUUGUGCUCUCAGAUGAAAUGCGUCAUCAUGUUGGAAUCCGAGUGCGAUGUCGAACCAAGUAAACCAAAUAGCAAAAAACUUGAUCGAGAUAAGCGGAUCAAAAUUGAAGACUUUCAGUUUGGAUUGGAUUCUUUCGAUCGCGAGCACAACUGUCUAAACGUGCUGUACAACCCAAUUUACGACAGCAUGAGUGACUUAUUGAAGCAGAAGAAAAUCAUGUUCAGAAAACAGUACGUUAUUAAACAACUCGGCGAAGAAGAGUAUCGACGCCGCAAGGAGAAAUUUGAAUCCAAUCAAAUUGCACAGCUUAACCUCAACGAACUUGAAAAAAAAGUCAGUUUGAAAUUUUCUGACCCGUUGGGGAAGCAUGAUUUGGAGCGAAUCGACAUAAAUUGUAGUGGCGAGCAGAAUGGCGUUUGGAAUGCGCUAGUUAAACAGGAUAUCAUUGACUUAAAUGGAAAAUUAUUGCCCAACUUCCAAAAAUUCAGUUAUCCAGAAUGUCCAGCUUAUGAGAAACCUGUCAUGCGUAUGAUUGGGAGAACUUUUGUGGCUGAAAUAGUCAAAAGUCAAUGGCUAAGGCUUAAGACUGACAAAGAUCCCAAUUGUUUGAAAGCCAUAAAUUUGCUACCAUUGAAACCCUAUCGAGAUAUGCUUGGCGAUUUGAUGGCUGCCCACGUCAUAUCUGGUGCUCGAGUGACGGAAAAUACAAAACUCAUCGAGGAGAAAACUGAUGCACUUGAAGACAAAGACGAGGGUGCAUGUGUUUGCAAGUUUCUGAAAAGCCGCCAAGCUGUUUAUGCUCCCAAGAUGAAAAAAUAUGACUUUUAUCUUGACUUGAUCGAAAUGGAUAUUCGAAAGAUUCCAAACACCGAGAACAUUUCUACGGAACUUUAUAGUUUCGAUCUCGUAGGGUUCAAUCACGUCAUUGACAUUAAGGAUCGAGAAAUGUCAUGGAAAACAAAGCUGAGUGCAAUUGGGACCGGUGCUGUUGGUAUCGCUUCGAUUGGUGUUGGAGUUUUCUUGAUUCACGCAAACCUACUAUCUUUUGGACUGAGCAAGAAUGUAUUGUUCAUGGGAGGAGCAUCAGACAUUUUGUACGCCAUAACGGCCAUCCUGACGCGCAGCAACUUCUCGUGGGCCGAUUACACUCGUCAAAGGCUAAUGAGUGCCAUAGGAAAAGCAGAACCCAUGGACAUGAUCAAAACAAUUUUCAAAUUGUACAGUUCAACUGAAAACGCUGAUUUCAGAGAGGCAAUUCAAUUGGCCGUUGGCGAGGAAAGAUGGAAACCACAAAGCAGAAGUCAAACAGACAGAGAUAGUGAAGUUGCAUCAGGCGGAACUCUAGAGCGGAUUGGAUUGAAGAAACACAAAACCGAGUUUUACUUCCACAGCCAACUCCAUUAUCUUUUACAAGAUUUUGGCAUCUUUGUACAUGGAAAAAUAAAGAAAUGCCUCGAUAAAAACUUGAACGAAAUCCGAAAAAGACUGACCCAAUUCAACGAUCUUCACGGACUCGAAACAUCCCAGCAUUUCGUUAGAGAGAAGAUGAAUAAAUUUAUUUCUGAUUGGGCUACAGAAGGACACAAGUGGGUCAGUGAAAUCACCACUGCCAUGACUUCAAAACUGGACGAGAUUCAUAUGGUCCAUCAACAAACGGAAGAAAUUCCGUUGACACAAGAAAUAGCUGAUAAAGGGAUCCGCGAAAUGGAACCGAUUUUCCAUGACUAUGAGGUGCGAAUCAGACGCGUGACUGUCACCUGCAUUAGCAAAUUUCUAUCAGACCUGAAGAAUUAUGACAACCCCGAAGUUGCAAGAGCUGAAGACAUCGGCGUUGAAGAAGCAUUUAAGCGUUUUCAGGAAAGGAUGCUGGCUGACAUAGACGCUGAGCUGGAAAGACAGGUGGACAAGAUUCUGGACUCUUUGAGGCAACAAAUUCAUCAAGUCGCCUCUAACCAAGUCUCUAAUUUAGCCAAAAUUAAUUCGGAAAUAUUCACCACUUUUUUGCAGUUUACUUAACUGAAGUUGGAUAUUCAAAAAUUUUUCGAAUUGUCUAAUUGCGCACUGUGAGAGGACGAAAAAUAUUUUCAAACACUUUGGGAUUUUCAUCAAUUUUAGCUUUUGACUUGAUUUAUUCGUGGAGUAUUCCUUAUAGAGCUUUUUUUUUAAGGGAUUAAAUAUUACAUUUCAUUUAAUCCUGUUUGGACACUGAACUGAUUUUUGUUAACUACUUUCCUUUUCUUUUCUUCAUUUGUUUUACUUUUUAUAUACCACGUAGUGAGUUAUUUCAUUAUGCUCCAUCGAGUUGAAUACAUAGAAAUUUUAGUUCAA